AUGCAUCUCAAGGAAGAGGAAGAGACCAAUUCCAUGGUAAACAGAGAAACUUCAAUGGAGGUAAUAAUGAUUCCACUUCUCUGUCAUGUUCAAUUUGCAAAAGAACAAAUCAUGUUGAUAAGGAUUGUGGGUAUAAGAACAAAGAUGGAGAUCUCCCACAAUGCUUUCAAUGCAAAAAAUAUAAGACACAUUGAAAAGAAUUGCCACCAAAAAGCUAGGGAACAAGCCAAUUUUCAUGAAGAAAAAGAAGACGCAAAAGAUGAAACUGAAGAUAAGUUGUUUCUUUCAUGCCUUGCUAAAAUGAAUGAUGAAGUUUGGUAUUUAGAUAGUGGGUGUAGUAACCAUAUGACUGGGAAUAAAAAUUACUUUGUGGAAAUUGAUGAAUCUGUCAAACCACAAGUAACAAUGGGUGAUAACAAUCAAGUCAAGGUACAUGGAAUUGGUACUAUUGUUGUUGCUACAAGGUAA